CUACGAUCCAUAUGUCACCAAAAUCUAUCGUUAAGAUUUGGCAUAGUUUCCUAUUUUCAGCAUUUUUCCGGCAGCCACUUUCUCAAAAUUCACAUCAACAAUGUCCGGCAAACUGUUCAAUGCCACCGUAUGUCCUGGUAAUCGGAAGAUCCUUUGUUUGGUGGAAGAGGCCACAAGGCCGCUCUGCAACACCUGGCGGCAUGGCAAGGAUCGGGAGAUCUCGUCCAGUCAGCCAACUUCCAAAAUCCGGCGCUGUCUUUAUUCGGAUUCUUCAGGAAAUCCCUUCCGAAAGCAUCAUCACUUUGUUCUCAGAAAGAAGGAUGCGUAUUCUAUGAAUCUACGACAAGGAUUAUUCACUUUAAGAAACUUUGGAAGCUCAACAAAUGAUGGAAAUUUAGGUGAUCCACCUGAUGCGUAUACGCAGGUGGAAUGUCGUGUGGGAAAGGGUAUACGGUUUCCCAUAGGAUCACGUACAGACAAUUCUCAAAUAGGAUUAGUUGAAAUCACGAAAAAAGAAGCUCAGGAUAAAUCUCAGCCAUCGACUCCAGUUCCUUCUGUGGAUCCAGGAACUCCAAUAGCCUCGGAUGAUUCCUCCAUAGAUGGAGAGGAUGAGUGGCGGAGAAUUAUGAAAAGGUUGAAAAAAGAACAUUCAAACGGCAAAGAAAACAUUGUGGGGGCUAUCGGGAGUUCAGACAUGGGGCAAGAUGAUGACAAGAUAUCGGAGGAUAUAAUGGGAAAAAAGUCGAAUCCACCAGAAGAAAGCAAAACCAUUGGAGAUAAAUCCUCUGGAGGCAAGUCCCCAGGUGAUAAGUCUUCAGGAGAGAAACCCCCUAAUGUAGUACCAACCAAACCGCCAACAGAACCUAAGCCACCUUCAAGGUCUGGUAGUGUAACUAAUCAGCCACCUACAGGACCCAUGCCACCUGCAGGACCAACAAAACCUCCAACAGAUCCUAAGCCACCUUCAAGGUCUGGCGGAAUUACUAAUCAACCCACAGGACCCAAUCCACCUGCAGGACCAACAAAACCGCCAACAGAACCUAAGCCACCUUCAAGGACUGGCGGAGUUACUAAUCAGCCACCUACAGGACCCAUGCCACCUGCAGGACCAACAAAACCGCCAACAGAACCUAAGCCACCUUCAAGGUCUGGCGGAAUUACUAAUCAACCCACAGGACCCAAUCCACCUGCAGGACCAACAAAACCUCCAACAGAACCUAAGCCACCAUCUAGGUCUGGUGGAGUUACUAAUCAGCCACCUACAGGACCCAUGCCACCUGCAGGACCAACAAAACCUCCAACAGAUCCUAAGCCACCUUCAAGGUCUGGCGGAAUUACUAAUCAACCCACAGGACCCAGUCCACCUGCAGGACCAACAAAACCGCCAACAGAACCUAAGCCACCUUCAAGGACUGGCGGAGUUACUAAUCAGCCACCUACAGGACCCAUGCCACCUGCUGGACCAACAAAACCUCCAACAGAACCUAAGCCACCUUCAAGGACUGGCGGAGUUACUAAUCAGCCACCUACAGGACCCAUGCCACCUGCUGGACCAACAAAACCUCCAACAGAACCUAAGCCACCUUCAAGGUCUGGCGGAGUUACUAAUCAACCUACAGGACCCAUGCCACCUGCAGGACCUACAUCACCCUCAAAAUCGGCUAAAAGCCCAAACAAGCCCUCUAGUGCCACACAAAUACCGACCAACAAAGCUCCGUCUAAGCAGCCACCAGCGCCUCCUACUAAACCGACAACUGGAACUGCUCCGAGUAAACCACCAACAGGAGAUAAGUCUCCUUCGCAAGGGUCUCCUCCGAAAGGACCUCCUCCUGGUAAGCAACCAGCAGGGAAAACGCCACCUCCAAAAGGACCUUCUCCUGGGAAGCCAGCAGCAGGGAAAACGACUCCUCCCAAGCAGCCUGCUCCUAGUAAGCCACCAACAGGAAAGACGCCUCCCCCGAAAGGACCUCCUCCUGGUAAGCCACCAACUGGAAAGACGCCUCCCCCGAAAGGGCCUUCUCCUGGUAAGCCACCAGCAGGAACCACGCCCCCUACAAAGGCUGGUGGCAAGAAUCCUGGGAAAGGCGGAGCAGGGGACAAAUCCACCGGUGGACAGGGUGCUGAUAACAAACGCAUCAUUACUCUGAUGCCAGGCGAUGGCAUUGGUCCGGAGAUCUCGAUGGCUGUCAUCAAGAUUCUUGAAGCGGCAGGGGCGCCGUUGAUCUUCGAGCCCGUCGACGUUACGCCGGUGAUCAAUAAAGAUGGUCAGACGACGGUGCCAGAGGAGGUGAUCGAGAGUAUGAACCGAACCAAGGUCGGUCUGAAGGGUCCCCUGAUGACCCCGGUGGGCACUGGUUUCCGCUCCCUGAACCUCACGCUGCGCCAACUGUUCAACCUGUACGCCAACGUCCGACCCUGCCGCUCGCUGCCCGGCGCAGAAACGGUCUACGGAGACGUAGACAUUAUCACCAUUCGGGAGAACACCGAGGGCGAGUACUCGGGCAUCGAGCACACCCUGGUCAAUGGGGUGGUGCAGAGCAUCAAGCUGAUCACCCGCCAGGCCUCGCUCCGUGUGGCAGAGUAUGCCUUCCAGUACGCACUGGCCAUGAAGCGCAAGAAGGUGACCGUGGUGGCCGAGAAGCAUGUGAUGCGGAUGUCCGAUGGCCUCUUCCUGCGAUGCGUUCACGAAAUGGCCGCCAAGUACAAGAGCAAGCUGGACGAGGCGGGCAUAGUGUACGAGGAGAUCAAUAUGACCACCUUGUGCCUCAAACUUGUCAUCGAUCCCAAGCAGUAUGAUAUGCUGGUGCUGCCCAACCUGUACGGAGACAUCAUCUCGGACACGUGCGCCGGACUGAUCGGUGGACUGGGACUGACGCCAUCCGGUAAUGUGGGCGAGUCUGGCGCCAUCUUCGAGUCGGUGCACGGCACCGCUCCGGAUAUCGCCGGCAAAGACAUUGCCAAUCCCACGGCCCUGCUGCUCUCCUCCGUGAUGAUGCUGCACUACAUCGGGCUGCACGAACAGGCGGACAAAAUAGAGAAGGCGAUACUGAAGACCAUCAGUGAGGACAACAUCCGCACCGUGGACCUGGGUGGCAAAGCCAAGUGUUCGGAGUAUACUGAAGCUGUGAUCAAGAACCUAAGCUGAUCUUUGGACCUCUGAACCGCAAGUUCAAUCAAACAGUUUUUAUUACCUGUCCUUUAAUUUAUUAGCUUUGAUUCUAUCAAAUAUAUAUGAAAGGCCUUAACUGUAUUAAAAAUAAUAGAUCAUA